AGCCAUGAUGGAAGUUUGAGAGUUGGAUAAAAAGGCAGCAUAAUACAUGCAAAAAGAUUUGUCAAAAAAUAUUUAUAUAAUUUCAUAAUGCUUUCGUAUAUUUUAAAAUGGUAAAUAUGUGGGCUGUCAAAAUUGUAUGUUUUUGUUGACAUUCCGAAGACAAGGAUUGCUCGAUUUGUAUUUCAAUUGCUCUACUUAGCUAGCUAGCUAGCUGGCUAGCUAUCUAGCUAUAGAAUGUCAGGGUUGCUAGUUAGCUAGCUAGCUAGCCUUUGCAUAUCUGUCUAGAAAUACGUGUGUAUAAACGCGUAUGAUUAAAAGAGUGGAAUUACUAAGAUUAUAAACGGCGUAAAACUUCUGAUUUUUGACCAAAUAAAUUGAGGUGGUAGUACUACAGAUUGGAGCCGGUUUGAAAACCUUAAGGGUCGGAAGGUGAAUGACUGUGUGCUGUUUUCAUUUGUGGGAUUGCAAGACAAAUUCCAGGACCGGGCAAUACGGGCCUGUGGACGAACGGUACGAGGCCCUCUUUUAUUCAGCCGAAGCCAUUCUAAUCCAUCCUGCAACGUCAACUGUUUACACAGAGAAACUGGGAGAAAAGCGACCGAGGAUAGUGGCAUUUUUUUUUAAUAAGGCAACGCUACCUUGUUUUAGGUUUAGAAAUUUUGUACUCCUGUGAAGGAAAUGGCCGCAAUAAUUAAGGAAUUUGUCAGCCGAAACAAAAGGAGAUACCAGGAAGAUGGAUUCGACUUGGACUUGACCUAUAUUUAUCCUAACAUAAUUGCCAUGGGUUUUCCUGCUGAAAGACUUGAGGGUGUCUACAGAAACAACAUAGAUGAUGUGGUACGGUUCCUGGAUUCAAAACAUAAAAAUCAUUAUAAGAUCUAUAACCUAUGUGCAGAAAGGCACUACGAUACUGCCAAAUUUAACUGCAGAGUUGCACAGUAUCCCUUCGAAGACCACAAUCCUCCACAGUUAGAGCUUAUUAAACCUUUCUGUGAAGAUCUUGACCAGUGGCUUAGUGAAGAUGACAAUCAUGUUGCAGCAAUUCACUGCAAAGCUGGAAAAGGACGCACUGGUGUAAUGAUAUGUGCUUACUUACUACACAGAGGUAAAUUUUUAAAAGCACAAGAAGCACUAGAUUUCUACGGUGAAGUAAGAACCAGAGACAAGAAGGGAGUAACAAUUCCCAGUCAGCGGCGCUAUGUCUUCUACUACAGCUACUUGUUGAAAAAACAUUUGGAGUACAAGCCUGUAGCACUGCUGUUUCACAAGAUGGUUUUUGAAACCGUCCCUAUGUUCAGUGGAGGAACAUGUAAUCCACAGUUUGUCGUCUACCAGCUGAAAGUGAAGAUCCACACGUCUAACCCAGCGCACACACGGCGGGAGGAGAAGUACAUGUUUUUCGAAUUCCCACAGCCUCUACCAGUCUGUGGUGACAUCAAAGUGGAGUUUUUCCACAAGCCAAACAAAAUGAUGAAAAAGGACAAGAUGUUUCACUUUUGGGUCAACACCUUUUUCAUACCUGGACCAGAAGAAAAUGUAGACAAGUUUGAAAAUGGAAGUUUGUUGAAGGAACUGGAUGGAAUUCAAGCCACAGAGUAUGUUGAUGGUGACAAGGAGAACCUUAUUCUGGUAUUGACAAAGAAUGAUCUGGACAAAGCGAAUAAAGAUAAAGCCAACAGACUGUUCUCCCCAAACUUCAGGGUGAAGUUGUACUUUACGAAAACAGUGGAGGAGCCAUCAAAUUCUGAGGCCAGCACUUCAACAUCUGUCACGCCGGAUGUUAGUGACAAUGAACCUGAUCACUAUAGAUAUUCGGACACCACUGACUCUGACCCAGAAAAUGAACCAUUUGAUGAAGAGCACCAUACACAGAUAACAAAAGUUUGAAAUAUUUGAGAAAGAGAAAUAAACAAGAAGAAAAAAGGAGAAAACUUGAAUAAAAGAAGUACCUGUUCCCCCACAUGGCAAUAGAACUUUUGUUCAUUGUUGUCAUGCUACCUGUUGCAGAAAAACUAUCAUGACCAAUUUUUUUCCCCCCGAAUAUCCACAAGGUAUUCAGUGGCAAAUGGUUUGGUAGCUGUUGUGUAUCUAUUUGUGUCAUAAGGACAAUGGGGAAAAAAUGCAAUUAGGAGAUGGAAGAUUAGGUGUGAGAGACAGAAAAAUACAAAUGUGCUGCUCCAUCUCCUGUGGAACCAAGGCCAGUGCUUUGCCGUCUGACUCUGCAGCUACCCUUCCAUCCUACCUACUGUGAAUGCUUCUUGUGCUGUUUGCAGGCUGUCUCAAAUGAGUUGACAUGCAUGCAGUGAAAACUGCAUGUUAGGAUUCUGCAGUCUUGUUAACAUUUUGAAUAGGCUAUAUGACAUCAAAUAUUUGCCAUUCCUUCUACCACUGUGUAUUCUGUUAAAAUAUUCAGAAAAUAGAAUCCCACGUAAUUGUCAUUUUUAAUAAUAUACAACUCAGCAGGGAAACAGUGUUGCAAUAAUGUUAACACUAUUCAUGAGCAAAUGAGUGUGCAUGUCUUUGGAGUUGGUGUCCAUCUUUAAUAAAUGGUAUAUGUUUUUCUAAAACAAAAAGUUUCAAAGUCUUUUAAAAUUGUAUUUGCCCGAAUCUUUCACAAACAGUAUUUAACUUAUCCAUUAUACAGUGGGAUCCCAUUAUGGGUCACGGAAUCCCUUUGACUGAACCAUUUUUGUCUUUUGUAGUGCUAGCAGAAUAAAAAUAUCUUAAUGGUAUGUUGGUGACAAUUCCACAGUGAAAUAUAAGCUUGUGGAGAAUUUACCUGUUGUACAAAACCUUCUUUUAGUUCUUCAAAAGAUGAUUGUAAUUUGUGUGAGUUCUGGUUAAAUCAUUUGCAUAUCAAAUAAUGGUGCUUAUCAACUUCCAGAUAAUAUAUGUUAAAUAUAAAAUGCAUAGUGGUAAUUAGAACUGUGUUCAUUCACUGUGGAAUUUAAGUAGUCUUACUCUUGCUUCAGAUCUUUAUCAGUUUCUUCUGCAAAUCCAAUGACUACUUCAGUACAUUCCUCAAGCAACCAAAGUGUCUUUACAAAUGAACAUCACCAGAUUGAGUGUCGAACAAUACAAGAGCUAGACGCUCAAAGUGAAGAUAAGGAAAAUGGCAAUCAGACAUUCAAGAAAUACCUAUAGAAUCCAAUGUUACCUUCGAAGAAAACAUCCAAUACUGAAUUAAGAUGCUGGGCCCUUCAGGGUGACGAACUAGACGUACUUGAUGCAAUUCAAAGGAAUAAUCCAAGAGCAAUCUGAAAAUGGAUAAAUGAAAAUGCCAAAGAAAACAUGAUGGAUGACAGAAGGAAAGUUAAAAUUACAAAGGAGAGAAACCAAAAUCAGUACGGAGCUCCUAAAAGUACUGAAAUGUGAAUUCUAGAAAAAUCAACAUUGCAAAAUCUUCUAGCAAGCAGUUUCAUUGAAUGAGAUGAACAUGAAAAAGCAAGGGCUGUGUUGAAGAACUAUGAAAUUUAAAGAAGUUCCGACCUCAAGUAUGGAUGGACAUCGAUUGGCCAAUAACUGAUCGACGAGAGUCAAGUAAAGAUGGAAAAAAUACUAAGAGACUCUAUUGCAAAGACGUCAACGACUAGUCUAUAGAGUUUAGAUGCAUGGAAGAACCUUUAUUAAAGUGGAUGUGGGAUUAGCCCUGAGAUCACAGCUGAAAAGGAGGGCAAGAAGGAUAGACGGCAUCCCUAUAGAAAUACUGUAAACAGCUGAAGCAGAAUUAAUGUGUUGACUAAAUUAUGCCAAAAAAAUCUACUCAUUGGAAGAAAUCUGUUUAUGUUCCUAUACCAAAGAAAAGUAAUGUGACGAAAUGUGAAAAAUAUUCUCCCUCAUCCUGCAUGGCAAUAAGAUUACACUUCAGAUCACUCAGCACAGAUUAAUAUCCUACAUAAAGAAAUUGCCUGAUGUACAAGUUGGAUUCGGGAAGCACAGGCACAAAAGACUAAUGAGAAUCACAAAAGCUUUAAAGACCUAAAGGCAGUCGAUGUGUGGUUUACUCACUACAACAAAAUAUUUAAUUGUGUUGACCAUACCACACUAUGGAAUUUUCUCUGGAAAACGGUUGUGCCAGAGUCUCCAUGAAAAAUUUAGACUAUACAAACCACAAAAUGAAAUAUGGAGAAACCGGUUACAGAUAGCUAAAUAAAUUAAACAAUAGAAUAGAAUGCCUUUAUUAUCAUUGUAACAAUGAUGGAGUACUAUUACCAUUCGACUUGUAUAUGGAGAGAAGCUGGACUCGAAGAAGACAAUGGUGGACAAUUGCCGUCCAUAUCGCAAUAACACCACACACAAGAGAAAAUGAAGUAUAUCUGAAGACACGAGGAGGGGAGAAGAUGGGACUGUAAAUGUAAAGAAAAACACUGGAUCCAAAACUAACUAUAUUGCUGGUGAUGCAGACCGAGUUUAAAGACAACUUUUGCCUCCUUGGAGGCAACAUCAACAACAAAUGGCCUAGAAGUCAGGAACUGCAUUGGAGAGUGGCUUCUGCAAUGAAAGAUCAAGAAAAAAUUGUCACAUGUUGAAGAUCAGAAUAUGGUAUUUUCUGUGGCACUUUAUCGAUUUGAAACCUGGACAAUAAAGAAGCAAGGAUAUCAAUGACUUUUAAGAAUAUGGACUACAAUAUCUGUUGUUGAAUUAAUAUACAAAUGUAAAAAAGACACUGUACUGAAUCCAUGAAGAAGAAAAAAGUAGUGGAUUUUUCAUCACAUCAAACCAGAACUUUCACUUUGUCAUUGUAAAAAAGUUAAACUAAUCUACUUUAGCUGACCCUGCUUUAAAUAUAGGAGUAAUUUACAUCCUGUUGGUAGGAGAAAGUAAUUCACUUUUCUGGUUAUCUUCUCUCUCAGAAAAACAAAUUACCACUUAGAUGCUUUAGGGGGAAAACGGUUAUCACUAAAUCUGACACUACUCUGUUUAAUCGUUUAUCUGGUUUGUAUGUUUGUUUUUGUAUUAAAACUGUGAUUACAUAUGUAGAGGUGUGUAACAACGCAUUUGUAAUAAUGCCGCAUUAUGUAAUAACUCGACCAAAUGUAACAAAUUUUGAUCACAAUGUGAUAUUACAUAAUGUGUUGUCACAUACUAUGUAACAAUGCAAUAUGUAAUAUCGCAUUAUGCAAUAACAACAAAAUGUUACAAAUCUAUAGACUAUAUUAUAAUUUUGCAUUGCAACAUUACCCUAUUAUUAUCAUCAUCAUUAUCAUUGUUAUUAUGAGCAUCAUUCAGUUUGUUACUUUCUGUCGAGUUAUUACAUAAUGUGACGUUAUUGCAUAAUGCAUUGUAACAACGUGACUAUCCUUAAUCCCCAGACCAUUGUUUGAUAUGGUGUUCCCCAAUUUUGAAGGACUUGCUUCAGGAGUUUAAACGUUAAAGUGGAACUCCUUGAGAUUUUGAGGUUUAUGGCAUGACAGCGUUGAAAAUUUAGUUGCAAAUUCUAUGCGUUUCACAUGAAGUGCCUUUGGUUAAAUACUUGGACAGUCUCAUUUUUUAUUUUUUAUUUUUUCCAGUUUAAAGGUAGUUUAUGUGAUUUUAAUGUGAUACACUUUUGUCAAAUUCAGGAUAUGUCUCCUCACAGUCCAGUAGCUGUCCGUUAGCAAAUUCCCCUGAAAAUUAGUUGGCAAAACUAGGGAGGAGUGGCUUCGGCGGAAUGCCUUAAGCGAAGAGGUGGGAUUGUGUUGUUUGGUUUGAUCCAAGCCACUUUGUUGGGGCUGCUUAGAAACACUGGGUUUUUUUUUCCCGCACACAAACAGAACACUAGAAGACUGGAGACAUUUGCUGAAUUUGACUAGAAGAGUAUUGGAUUAAAACCGCAUACCCUAACUUUCACAGAUAUAGAGAUUAAAUAAAAAUAUGAAAUGGACAAUACAGGUUACCUCAAGAAAUAAACUGAAACACCUGUUCCUCGUUAAUACCAGGGUUUCAUUUAACAGCUGUAAGCAUAUGCAAACAUUCUGUUUUCGUGUGUAAAUUAGCCUUAUUCCUUAUUAGCCUAUUUACAUACUAUAGUGCUGUGCUACAUAUGCUUUCAUUAUAUCUCAUUAUAAUAUUAAUUAUAAUGUGUAUGACCAAAUAUUAUAAAUGUUAUGUUAAAUAUCAGCUUUCCAUGUGUUUAACAUUUUCUGUUCAAGAAAUAUCAGUGGAUAUGUUUGAGAUUAUAUUUAAUUUUUUAACUUGUGUUGUGUUAGUCUGUAAAGAACUUGAGAGUAUAGCCAGUUACACUUUUAUACAUUUGACUAUUUUGAAUUGUAUUGGAAUUGAAAGCCAAAAAAAAAGCUUAAAAAAAUAGCAGUGAUACGACGAACCUGAUUUGCAAAAUUGAAAGUUUCCAAAUGUUUCUAGGAAAUGUUAACGUUGGAGAUGUGCGCAGAACACAAACCUAACAUUGUCUAGAAGUGCUACCAUCAGAUAUUUCCAUUUCUUAUUAGGCAGAUGUUGCUCAAACAUCCCCUAACGUAAAAGGGAAAAUGAAAUGAUUGGAGCAUUAAUAUUAAUUGACUAGAUAACCAUAAGCACUCCCUGGAAAGAUUUCUCUACGUGGCAAAAUUUAAAAGUGCUGCAGAGGCCAAGUGAUGAGCAUUAGCACUGUGCCUUGUCCCCCUUAAAUUGACAAAAUUAAUUUAAUUUGAGCCACAUGCCGGUGGAAUUCUCACUUCUUUACAUUUACAGUCCCAUUCUAAUGAUUACAACAAAACAAUGGAUACCAUAGUGAUGGUGGCACAAUAGCACUACAUAUUUUAUGACUUUAAUUGUACAUUCUGAUUUAAAGUCAAAUAAAGCAAACAUGUGCAAAACCUCCCAGCCUCAA